AAAAAAAAAAAAAAAAAAAAAAAAAGUCAACCUGUGGAUACGAGCACUCGGCACACAACACAAGAGCUGCGGCGGCCACGGUCGUCCCACCCGUGCCACUAGUAUGUGACGCGAGGAAGAGCGAGACGAAAACGACAACAACAACAACAACGAGGAGAACGACUUUUUACAAGCCGGCUUGCGACCAUGUUGUCUUCGCGAAUGCUUGUUGUUUUUGUGGCGACGAGCCGUUGUUGUCACCUCAUGGCACCUCUGCUGUUGCUGUGCUACCUGCCCCACGUCCACGCCGGCCACAGCAAGCCGGCCAACAGGUGGCUGAUCGGCGACAGGGACAGCCAGUGCGGCGGCGCUUGCACGCGGCCGCAGGCCAAGCCGGUGUGCGGCUCGGACGGACGGAGCUACGAGAACGGAUGCGAGCUGCAGAGGGCGCGCUGCAAAGACAAGACGCUGACGCUGGCGCACCGCGGCCGCUGUCGAGGAAGAAACUGGGUGAAAGUUGAGGAGUCGGCAGUGGCGCUCCCAGCAACGCCCGCAUCUGUGGCCAGAGACGCUGUGCAAACAGAUGAGGUUCAGUCCAAGUGUCGCGUGGAGAGGAGCCAGGCUUUGGAGCAAGCCCGCAGGCCGCAAGAGUCCAUGUUUGUUCCAGAAUGCAACGAGGACGGCUCGUUUGCGCAGGUGCAGUGUCACACUCUGACAGGCUACUGCUGGUGCGUCACCUCCGACGGAAAGCCGGUGAGCGGCUCCUCGGUGCACAACAGGACUCCGGUGUGUUCAGGAAACUUCCAUGAGUUUUUGGAAACUCACGUCGGGACGAGCGGAUUGACAGGGUCCGUGACCGACAGACCGCCCGGGCCGGCAAACUCUGGUCGAAAAGUUUCUUUCCGUUUUUUUCUCACCCUCAACCCAGACGACGGCUCCAAGCCUACGCCCACCAUGGAGACCAUCGUCCCCUCCGAAGGCGAUGAGAUAACUGCCCCCACGCUGUGGAUCAAACAAUUGGUUUACAAGGAGAAUAAGCAGAACAGCUCCACGUCCAGGAAGCAAGAGAAAGUUCCCUCUUGCGACCAGGAGCGACAGAGCGCCCUGGACGAGGCUCGGCAGAACCCCCGCGAGGCCGUCUUCAUCCCCGACUGCGGGCCCGGCGGCCUGUACAAGGCCGUCCAGUGCCACCAGUCCACCGGCUACUGCUGGUGCGUGCUGAUAGACACCGGACGACCCAUUCCGGGAACCUCCACCAGGUACCAGACGCCAGAAUGUGACAGCGCCGCACAUUCUCGCAGCGCCGACGCCGAAGAUCUGUUCCAGGGCCGAGACCUGACAGGCUGUCCCGAGGGGAAAAAAGGGGAAUUCAUUACGAGUCUUUUAGACGCCCUGACCACAGACAUGGUUCAAGCCAUAAACUCACCAGCCCCUUCUAGUGGCGGGAGCAGGUUCGUGGAGCCGGACCCCAGCCACACGCUGGAGGAGCGGGUGGUGCACUGGUACUUUGCCCAGCUGGACGCCAACGGCAGCCAGGACGUCGGCAAGAAGGAGCUGAAGCCCUUCAAGAGGUACCUGAAGAAGAAGGCCAAGCCCAAGAAGUGCGCUCGCAAGUUCACCGACUACUGCGACCUGAACAAGGACAAGGCCAUCUCGCUGCACGAGCUCAAGGGCUGCCUUGGAGUUGCCAAGGAUGGUGGUUCAACAGCAAGUAGCAUCUACGGGACAAGGCAAGGGACAAAUGUGUUCAUAGGUCGUCUGGUGUGAGAGGAGAACGUUCCAGGAGCCGAGACGAGAGCAGAGGUCACAGAAAGAAGGCAUCAACACGCUCGCUUGACGGUGAAAAAAAAGAGUGACGGAUCGGAGAGAAAAUAACUUCUUGACUUAUUUCAUGCAGACACACACACACACACACACACAAAAACAGAAGAAAACGAAGCAGCGCCAAAAUAUUUGCACUUUCUCCUCCCUGUGUUUGACGUUAUGUUUGUAUUUUGGAUUGUUUGUGGUUUUUAAGUGACUGAAAAUGUGUUUCUGUAAGAGUAAGAAUAUAUAUGUAAAGUCGUCAUAUAACAAGUGGAUUAUGUGCACGAAGUUAGCAGUUAGCGGGCUAAAAUGCACAUUGCUCUCAACUAGGGAUGGGCAUAAUACAUCGUUGAAUUGAUCAUUAACCAUUCCGUGGAUUGUGUGGAAUCGCGUCUUGAAGCAGCGCAGGUACAACAGAGCGUGCUACUAGUUUGUGGUCUUAAAGAAGACCUACACAACGUCAACUAUGGGCAUUGAAACAGGAGUGUAGAACAUUGGGAGGAUUCUCCCAAGCCAUUAAAAAACGAUUAAUUGUUUGUUCAUGAUUGCUGUACGUCGAUUGCGUGGAAUCGCGUCUCAAAGCGACUUGAGGCAGAAUGGAGUGCACUACAAGAUUGUUGUCUAAAGAAGGACAACAGGGUGUCAUCGAUGGGUAUCAAAACAGGAGUUCAGAACAUUCAUAGCAAUUUUCCCAUCCCAAUACAAAAACGAUGAAUCAUUCAUAAUUACACCGAUUAUGGGGAAUUGUGUCUUGAAGCUAAUACGUGACUGGUUUGCUGUCUAAAGAAGUCAAGCAUCAGCUAUGGACAUUGAAAGAGGAAUAAGAACAUUUAGAGAGAGAGAGAUUCUUUCAGUAAGUUAAAAAUAAAGUAAAAAACAAUUAAUUGAUCGUUAAGAAUUCCAUCGAUUGCGUGAGAUUGAGUGCACAAGACGCAGUUGGCCGUCUAAAGAAGAGGAACGGAACAUCAGCGAUGGGCAUCAAAACAGGAGUUCAGAAUGCUCACAGAAGGAUUUUUCCGUGCAAUAAUAUGAAAAAAAAUGACCCAGACUCAUUUCUUGUUUACAAUUACAUCUAUUAUGCGGAAUCCUAUCUUGAAGCAAUUGUGGCUAAAUCUAGUACGCUACUAGUUUGCUUUGUCUUAAGACCAGCAUGAAAACAUAGGCUAUGGGAAUCGAAGUGUUCAGAAAAUUUUCUGAGUUUCUCCCAUCCUCUUAAAAAUCAUGUUUAAAAAAAAAAAAUGUUCGGAAUUCGUCGAUUGCGUGGGCACACGUCUUAAUGAAAUAGAGUGCACUGUGAAUUUGCUGACUAAAGAAGGAUAACAUGAUGUCAGCUAUGGGCGUCAUAACAGGAGUUCAGAACACUCCCGAAGAGAUUCUCCUAUCCUUUAAAGAUUAAAAGAAUAAAUUGAUAAGUAGUCAGUGAUUGUGGGAAAUUGACAAACUGGAGCUGCCCUACGAGUUGUUUUUUUUUGUCUAAGGAAGACAUCAGUCAGGGGCAUUGAAACGGGUUCAGAACAUUCGGAGGGUUCCUUCUAGCCCAUAAAAAAAAAAUAUAUAUAUAUACAUCUAUAUAAAAACUAACAAUGAAUUAAUCUUUGAGUUCUGUGGCUUUUCUGAAAUCUUGAUGAAAUGGAGUGCACUACAAGUUUGCUGUUUAAAGGACAACAGCGUCAGCUACCGACAUCUAAACAGGAGCUCAGACCAUUCCGACUCUUCAUUUUCUCCAUAGUCGAUCAAAGAAAUGCCGUGGAUUGCCCAUCCCUACUAGCAACGGCGAAGGAAUGUUUGUUGUACAUAUGAACAUGCGCAACUAAUUAGAAUGAAACUGUGACUCCCGACUUUGAAUUCAUCAGCACAUAAUUUUAGCUGUAUGGAUCCCCUUGCACUGUAAAUAGGGUUGCAAAGGGGUGGAAAAUUUCCGGUAAAUUUCUGGAAGCUUUCCGGUAAAUUUUAUUUGGGAAAUAUUCCAAUUCAGACACUUUCCAUGGGAGUUACUGGGAAUUGAUGGGAAGUAACUGGGAAUUAAGGCGACUUUCAUGGAAACCUUUCACAUUCAAGCAUGAAUAUAAACAUUUUGUUUUGUCAUAAAUAGACAUCCAUGAAAAAUAGAGAGCUCUCCUUUCUCACACGUGAGGGCAUUACAGCACAGCGGUGCCUUGAGAUACGAGUGGCCAGACUUAAGUUUUUCGAGAUACAAGCCGUCAGUCUGACUUUUUUUUUUUUUUUUUUUUUGCUUUGACUUGCAAGUGCAAAUUUAAGAAUAUGUAUAGAAAAUAUAUAUUGAACAAUUAAUUUUAAAAAAGAGGCUGAAAGCAGUUGAAGUUUACUGUCACAUUAAACACAAAACAAAGGGAAUUACACGUGUAUUCAAACCAGCAUAGCUUUGCCUUAUGAAAAGGUCUGCUCAACUUAAUGCUAACAAACAAUGCAAACACCACUGAAAUGCUAACGGUUAGCAUCGACAGUUGCAGUUUUGGAAGCUAGACUAUUUGCAAACAAACAGUUGAGACACAUUUGGACAGAUGAUAUAACAAUCCUCACCGGCAUAUAUUCUUUAUCCUCUGCAACAAAUGACUAAUAUUACAGCAUUUUACAAAAUCAGAAGUAGUCGUUUCUUCUUUCUUUGUGUCUGCAUGACUUUAUACUGCCUCGCAGUGGCCAAGGCGGGCACACCAGAAGGAGCAGCACCAUGAAUUGGAUUGCAGCAUUAAGUCAUGAUGCACAAACUGUUUAAUUCUUUACAUUCUUUUGAAUUAUGACAUUACUCUGUUUUUAUACAGUAAAAUACUGUAGAGAGCAAUUUUUUUUAGGGGGGUUGGAACGGAUUUAUGGCAUUUCCAGUGAGUUUCCAGAUGAUUUGAGAUAAGAGUCUUGUCACGGAACGAAUUAAACUUGUAUCUGAAGGCACCACUUUACCUUAAUUUUUCAUUUUUUCUCCCACUUCUUUCGAGCGUGUGUGAAGCUUGCUCGUACCUAAAAUUUUGGCUCGUAACACAUAAAGUAGCGGAAAAAAAUCUAUCAAAGCUUGGAUCACGAAAAGUCAUGAAAGUCACUGUACUUGUAUUCAAUGUGUUUGCUUUUUAUAAUUUUUUGGGGUCAGAAUUAUGCUCAAAUAUGUUUUCCCCAAUUAGAUUUAACUUCCCAAAGAGCCAAGCCUCAAUUCUGUAAAUUCCUGGUUUAUUCCUGUUUAUUCCCAUAAAUCCCUGUUAAUUCCCAUGGAAAGUUUGAGAACUCCCAGAAUUUUGCAACCCUAACUGUAAACAACCUUUCUAGAAACAUUAGCGGUUUUUGGCAGUGUGAUAUCUGGCUUGCAUUGCGGCGGGACGAGUUAGCGCCGAGUAAGGAUUCACUUCACUUGUCAUGAAGUGCCGACGUGAUGUUGGCCUGAUGUUUUUAGAGCUAAAGCUGGGCAUAAACUGUGUCAUUUACCUAACUCACACAACUAAGUUAAUUGAGUUAAUAAUGGGACAAAAUGGGUGGGACAAAAAAUAUCCCUAUUGCAAUGUUAGGGUUGGGCGAUUUGGCCUGAGUAUAAAAUCUUUUUUUCCACAAAAGAAAUAUGAUUGAAAUCUUUUAUUGUUUUCCACCAAAAAAUAUGAUUAAUUUAAUCAAUUCUAUCGUGCUUUUGUGAGAUUUGAAUUUAAAAUGGUGAAUUUUGCACACUGAAAUCAUUGUCAAAAAGAGUCCGUGUUGAAAAUAUGAUGCUAAAAAAGUCCACGUUAGAAAUUGAAAUUCAAGCUCAGGUGGCACAGAUUGACUUCCAUACAUCCAUACGUGCGUGUACAUGCACAUGAAGCGAAGACUCUCCGUAACAACCCGGGCUUAGCUUAGCUCCUCCCCAACAUACUGUACAAAACUCAUAUCUCAGUCGAGAUGUAUCAUUUCAAUAUGCAUCCUUGGACCAACUGUACUACUUUCCUAUUUCGAUGGUGCUUUGUCGGCAUCAUGUCAAAUCUUAGGGUGCUUUGGAAAGUACAAACAAUGCGAAUAGGUGAGUUUUUCAGCAAAUAAAUAAUAAUAAAAUAGCAAUACACAAGUUAAUCGCCUGCUGCAGUUAAAACGUUAUUAAACGUUAAACGCCUUUGACAAAAAAAUCGGAACAUUACAUUGGGUUCAAAAUAUCACAACAUUGAUGUAUCGCAUCGUUUAUCUUUCAAUAUGUCGUCAAACAGCCAAUGAAACGUUUCUAUUAUGUAUUAUAGAAUAUUAAAUGUCCAACAUGCACCGAUUUCCAUGAGAACAAUUAAAAACAAACGGCAAAAAAGAAGUGGAGAUUAGAUUAAUUCGCUCAGUCUAUGCCCAAUUUAGUUUUGGAUGAAACGGAAGGUGACUGGACUCGCUUUUUCGCGAACAUCAGGCAUAAGCAAACAGCGGCUGAAGUUUAGUCUGUGCUACUCGUCCCUAAAGUGCAACCCAACAUUUGCCAGCAUUUUGUCUGCACACAAUGCUUGGAGAUCAAUGUUUGUUUGUUUUUCCUAAUAACUUUUUUUGUAAAUUCAAAUUCAACCUAAAAUAAUAAAAGCUAUUGAAAAAGCAAUUCUGCGAGUGUUUAGUUAAAACCAGCACGACUGUUUCAACUGUACCUUGUCUCCCCAUCCCCCCGUAAAUGCACUCAACAACUGUCGAGAAGAUGUAGCAUUGCCAGCAAAUAAUAACGGUGACUAAACACGAGCAGUAAAUGGAAUACUAUGUUUACAUGCCUCAGUCCAUUAAUAAUGGCCGCCCUACUCUGGUUAAUCCUGCUUUUUGUACACAACGUUUGACGUUUUACAAACGGCAAGCCAUAAAAUAAAUAUUUGAAUCUCCGGAGAAAUAUCAAAAGUCAACAGGUUGAUUGUUUUCCUUCGGGUUUCUUUGUAAUACGUUGUGUUCCAAAUUGAGACUAUCCCCAAUAGAAUUGUGUACAGUUGUUUUUGGAAUAGCAGUUAUAAUUAAAGCUCAAGCACAGGACUUGAAUUUUGUUUUGUUUUUCUGAAGCCAAAUAAACCCCCAUUUGGAGGGUUUUCUCUCAGAUUUUGCAGUCGUCACGGUUGUCAUGUAUGUAUGAUUACAUAUGAAAUUGAGUCUGUAGCACCCUGCUGGGGAAAAAAAUAAAUAAAAUCCUGACACCA